AUGUCCCAAUCGUGGCACAUCCCGAGCAUAAAAGCCUAUAGGCAGCCUGAUCCCGACAAAGUGCUUCAUGUCGUUUUCCUCCAACGCCUUCCCCAACAUACACGCAAUGACAUUGUCAAGAGACUUGCGACGACAGAGGGCGAUUGGGCAGCCGAGUUUGACCCCGCCGGCGACAUGUCCGUACCAAGGCAGUUGAGAGCCAUUCCCUGGAUUCGAGACUCCCCACCUUCUCCGGAGGCUACUCUGGAGAUCUUACGUGCCCAAAAUGGAACCUUCAAGAGCUUCAUCUUGGUUGAUUUCAAUUGGGAGGCCUCCAAUGUCAUCGCUGCUAACUGGAGUACAGUCGGAGACGACGAGCCGAAGCUUGACGCUGUUCGAGUGCCGAUAGGCAUGGCAAAUGCACUCCUGACUUUGAUUGWCAACGAAGCAGUUUCUGGAUUCAGUCAAGUCUUGGGUGAGGCGGAGUACAAGGAGAAGGCGAUUGAUCUCUACACAGAUGCACCUCUAGAGCGCCAGUACAACACAGAUCGACCAUCCUACGAACUUCCUUCAUUCUUGCCCUCGGAUUUGAAGCUGGACAGAUCUAAAUUAGAGCUUGUAUCGCUUCUGGAAUUGACCGAGGACCAUAUUGAGGCCAUCAGGACCGACAUAUUGCGCAAUGCUGGCGAGAUCGAAACUGUGCCUGUGGUCGUGAUCCACAACUGGAAAGGCCCCUCGCCGUCGAGGUCGGACCUGCGUCAACUUUACGAUCAAAUGUAUCACAACUCUGCCGUGCAAGAUCGCCACUCAUUGGCGUGGUUCGUGGACAGCAUUCUCGAAGAUGAUGACCAUCGCCCUCGAGUUGUUGCCUUUUCAAUCAAAGAUCAACCCAAGCUCGCCUACCUGGGAAAUCAGCACAAGGUCUCUCUGUUUGUACCCGAAAAGGAAGGCAUCCUUCGACUUUUCAAUGAAUGCAGAAGCUGUUCUCCCGAUGCAUGUUACGAGAAGGCGGAGGAGUGUUGCGACAAAACGAUGAGGGAGGAUGUUGUGGCUUUGCGUAAUCCAAUCGACUUUGGCGACGACAAAGGAGAUCCCAGCUUAUGUCCUGUCUUUUAUCUAUCUCCUUUUAACACAGAUGAAGAACGUGCCAUCAAAUCCGCCUUGAACAACGAGGAUGAUGAUUUCGUCAACGACAUUGGCAAGGACUUUGCUUAUUACGGCUACCUGUUUCCACCUGGAUCCGGGGACCUCACGAUUCAGGAUCUUUGCGAGUUGYUCCAGAAGUGCGAUCCGCUCUCGCCGACAUUCGAUCCUUCGUACUCCAACAUGCGAUUCAAGGGCUAUGUACCUACAUUCGUUGCGGUGGACAGACGUUGUCUAGACGCCGAAAGUCCAAAGGUCGUAAUGACGCAAAUCCAGUAUCACUGGUUUAGAGGAGCAGACGGGGAAGAUAACGCCAAUUAUAGCCUAGGGUGGCUUCAUGGUGAAGUCGCGACUGGCAUGGCGUGGUCAAGCUACGUUAACUUAUGGAUCUCGAACAUGGAUCUAGAGGAACUGGCUACAGACUACAAGAUGCUAUACUUACAUGACCUUGAGGAGCACGAGAAAGAGAACCCACGCGAUGAGGAGGAGUGGAUCUGA